UGGCCAGUAACCUCAUCUACUUCACCGAGGCCUGCAUGGCAACAGCCCUCGUCGUCCCAGCCACCACCGCCUAGCUGGAGUCCUCGUCAACCCGAAUGGACUCCGGCACCCCCUAAACUGCCUCCACCCGCACGCAAUAAAACCAGCCCGGUAGUUGGUGAGCUCAGCUACGAUGUGAUAGAAGAGCGAAAAACACUGCCCGAACACACUUCACGUUUCGUUGUGAAGCCCGGUAAGCAAAGAAAGAAAUUCAAUCCGCAACUGCAUACGGAAAGAGGAUGUACAGAUGUGGUGUGCUGCUUUCUUUUUCUCGUUUUCACUGCCGGAUGGGGAGUGGUGGCAACAAUCGUUCCUUCUGCACAAAAGCGUCUUCAAAAAUGUGGCUGUGGGGCUUCAAAACCAUUGGAAAGA